AUGCUUAUUAAAAAUACCUUAUUACAGCAAACUAAUACUAAUGUUUGGCGUCCGAUUCCAGUAACAGAACAAGAAGCUGAUGCACUAAAAAAUGAAAAUACAAUGAGAAAAGAAGAACUCAUUGCAAUUAUUAAUUCAGCUGUACUCCUAAAAAUAUUACAAGAAAUACAAGAUUUAAAUGGUGCUGAAGAAACUAUAGAUGAAGAGAAUACUAAUAAUGAGCUUACUAAUGAAAACUAA